AUGUCCCUGGGGGACUCCAGCCGCCGCAGAGAGGGAACUUCCCGGGGGCCCCACGGCAUCCUAGUUGGCGCCGGGCUCAGGCCCUCAACCCUGCCUCCCUCACGAGGCUUCCCCGGAGGCGGCGAGAGCGUGGCCGGCCCGGAGGAGGCCCCAACCGCCAGCCCGCUGCUGGAAGACCUCAGGCGGCGGUUGGCGCGCGCCUUCCAGCGGGCAGAGCCGCCCGUCGUCUCGAGGCGCUCGCGGGAGGAGGAGGCGGCGGAGGCGGCGCGGAAGGAGCAGAGCCGGGCGCGCGUCGAGAGCGCCCUGGUCGGGCUGCGCGCCGAGCUGCUGGAAAUGCAUUUCCAAAAUUGCCAGCUGGCCAGAACUUUGCUGGAUUUAAACAUGAAAAUGCAGCAACUGAAACAGUAUGAACUGGAAAUUGCAUCAGAAUUGCAAAGCUCGGAAGAUAAUGUCGUGAAUUUGGAAUGA